GCUCUCUGUGAAGCCAAGCACACUAUUAGGCAAUACACCUGGCUAUCAAGAUGAAUGCGCCUACCUGUCACUUCCUGCUCUUGUGGAUCGCGCGGACCACACGUUGCGACCUUGGCUUCAUGUUCGGCUUAAAGGAGGAGUAACCCUCCUGGACACCGCUUGGAAAACACCGUUUGGAUUUUAAUGAGCUGCAGCUUCGGGGGUUGUUUUAAUGUGGGCUCAUAUUGUCGUCUUUGUUUUUACAGCAGCAGGAGGAGGGAGGGACUGUGCCAUGGAAAGGCAUGGAUGACAGGUUAUGUGUGCCCCCCAGCUAAAGGCCUCAGUUGCCCUUACCUGUGCAUCCAUUCAAUCCCUCUGUGAGAAUGUAUCGCAGGAACGGGCUGUCGGAUGGUACUAGCAUCAAUUCAGUCACCUCAGAGGCCAGCAGCAGCUCUGACUCUCUGCAAGGACCUUAUGUGAACUACGCCAAGAGCUACGAUGCGGUCGUCUUUGAUGUGCUUAAGGUGACACCUGAGGAGUUUGCUAGUCAAAUCACCCUGAUGGAUGCACCAGUGUUUAAAGCCAUACAACCAGAGGAGCUGGCUAGUUGUGGAUGGAGUGGGAAGGAGAAACACAGUUUAGCCCCCAAUGUGGUUGCAUUCACACGUCGGUUCAACCAGGUGAGCUUUUGGCUGGUGAGAGAAAUCUUAACUGCCCAGACGCUGAAAAUCCGAGCAGAGAUACUGAGUCACUUUGUCAAGAUAGCAAAGAAACUGUUGGAGUUGAAUAAUCUCCAUUCUCUGGUGUCCGUGGUUUCUGCUCUGCAGAGUGCGCCGAUCUUCAGACUCAGCAAAACCUGGGCGCUGAUCAGUCGGAAAGACAAGGCCACGUUUGAGAAGCUAAACUAUCUGACAUCCAAGGAAGAGAAUUACACCCGCAUGAGGGAAUAUAUUCGCUCCCUGAAGAUGGUGCCCUGUAUUCCUUACCUUGGGAUCUACCUGUUGGACAUUAUCUACAUUGACUCGGCUUAUCCUGCAUCAGACAGCAUCAUAGAGACAGAGCAGAGGACAAAUCAGAUGAACAAUCUUCUGAGAGUUAUUUCAGACCUGCAGAUGUCAUGUAACUAUGAUCACUUGGUGACCCUGCCGCAUGUUCAGAAGUAUCUGUUGUCAGUUCGCUACAUAGAGGAACUCCAGAAGUUUGUAGAGGAUGAUAACUUCAAGCUUUCUCUAAAGAUUGAACCUGGCAACAGUUCCCCUCGCAUUGCUUCUUCUAAAGAAGACCUGGCAGGUCUGUGUGAGGUAUCGGCCUCUAUGAGGUAUAACCGACGACCUACUUGCCCUGAUGCGUCUGUGGGGGUUCAUAUUCCCACCCCCCCUCCCUCUCACCACAGGAAGAGUCACAGUCUAGGAAACAAUGUGAUGUGUCAGUAUGGCAUGUCAGAAAGCAGGAGUGCCACAUUUCCUAUAGAGAAAACACGACACCUGCUAGAUGACAGCUUCUUAGAAUCUCAGAGCCCAGUCAGAAAUGAUCCGCACAGUACAUCUGUGUCCAAUGGCCUGUCAUUAGGCAGUAGUGAAAGUUCCUUUUGGGAGGAGCUAUCACCUGCAGUGGAGAGGGGCCGCAUGUAUGCAACACUGGGCCCGAACUGGAGGGUCCCUCUUCGCAACUCUCCCCGGAGCCGAAGCUAUGUUUACAGCUACUCUGCUACCAACUCCUGCUAUGGAUGCAGUGAAGCUGGUAGAGUGACCAUUGAAGGACCACUGCGAAGGAAAACACUGCUGAAGGAGGGACGAAAGCCCAAGUUGUCCUCGUGGACCAGAUUUUGGAUCAUUUUGUCUGGAUCAACACUGACGUUCUAUGGAGCGAAAGCACUGAGGGACUCUGAGAGGAAGCAUUACAAGUCAAGGCCUUGUAAAAAAGUUUGUGUGACUGGCUGGAUGGUGGUACUGCCAGAUGACCCAGCCCGACCCAACAUCUUCCAGCUCAGUGACCCAGAAAAAGGCAAUGUUUACAAGUUCCAGACGGGGUCCAGGUUUUCAGCAAUCAUCUGGCACAAAAACCUAGAGGAGGCUUGUAGAAAAAGUAGACCUCAGGUACCUGCAAACCUUAUGUCAUUUGAAUGAGAGCAGCCUUUAUUGAGCAGGAUAUUAUCGUGCCAAACUGUUGUUUGAGAAUUACAGACUGAAUAAGGAAUUUGAUAAUGCUGACAUCAGCAUUAGAGUCAAGAAGCAUAUGACACUGUCGAAGAAGCUCUGUGAUGCUGGAUGUGUGACUGUCGUGCCAGUGCACCUGCUUUGAUCUUCACCAGAACAAGUCUUAUAUGAUCUCUAUAAAAAUCCAAUCAAUGGAAGACUUUUGCGGGGUUGGAUUCGUUCCCUAAGUUUCCAUGUUCUCUGUUAUUUGUUACGCUGCUAUAAUGUGUGCAUGAACACGUUGGUUUUUGGCCCAUGUUGGGCUUAUAAUUGGGUGAAAAGAUGCAUCAGUGUAUAAAUGUGGAUGACAGUGUUAGAUGACUGUUAGAUUUAGUUUAGUCUGAGUGUCAUCGUCAUAAGGAAGUGGAAGGUGGGAAGUGCACAUCCCCACUCAUAAACUUUUAUUCACCAGAAAAAAUGUGACAUCAUCUCAAGGCCUCGUUAUUUUAAUGAAGGAUCAGUACUGUAGCAAAAAUGACAGAAGCUGAGUCUUCAUUACCUUCAGCCCUGUGACUUACAGUUUGACUGAAUCUAAUCCAGAAUAGAAGAUUUGUACAUACAAACGCAGGAAUUAACCUUAAAGGUUGUUUUAUGAUUAAGAUGCGAUGCUCUUGUGGGGAUGAAGCCCUGGAUCUGUGUUUACCCCUGCUACCUCAGUUGGUAGUCCUUGUGUAAAAUGUGCUUGCAAAUGUAUGUAACAAGAUUUACAAACAAUUAAUAUUUUCUACAGAACAAAUGAAAAAUAGUAAGAUACCAUGGAAACAAUACUGAACAAAGAGGUGAUUCCAGUUAAUAAGCAGAAGACAGCCAGCUGUUGUCUACACCAGUAUGCUGAGGCAGCUAGUUGAGUAAAAUUAAAGUGAAUUCCAAUGAAAUACCAAGUUUUCAUUAAUCAAAUGUGUGUAAAUACUGUAUUUAUGUAUAAAAAGAGUUUAUUUUUGACAAUUGGCUGUAGAAGGGAAAAGGAUAUGAUGGAUUGUUGUUGAUUCACCAGCUGCUGUGGGAUUCUGCUCUUCAGAGACACUGUUGGUAAGCCCACCGUAAAACUUGGAUGGACUCCUGUUCUCCAACUGAAGGACAUCAGGAUAAAACUCCAUUAGCAAUGGCAUUAAUUAAUGAUCUGCAUCAAAAUCAAAAUAUUAUGUUGAUUUUAAAUACUAAUUCUGUUUUAUUGGAUGGGACUUGUUUUUUUGUAAAUUUUACCAAUAACUGAAUCAGUGGUCAGAGGUGGCAAAAGUACAGCCGUGUGACAGUCAGCGAAGCUAGCCAGCUAGCUGGCUGGCUUAAAUGGGUUUUCAAGUGAGAAGAACCUUUUACUUUACUUAGGUAGAUGUACAAGUACUUUUUAGUAAAAAAUACUCCAGUAAAAGUUAAAGUACUGAUUCAACUUCUUUACUCGAGUGAAAAAGUACAGGCUCCUAAAUAUAUAUCCAAAGUAAGAAAAGUAGGUCUUUGAAGGACCUUUCCAAGCACGACUGUUUUGUGCAAAGCUAACUGAACCUCUUUCUACAGUGAUAUAAUAGUGGUAUAUGGGAAUACCAACUUUUUUGACUUUGCAUCCACACCUAAACAGAAAAAUUAGUACAGUCAGGAGUUAACUUGAAAUUUAGCAGGUGGGGGAACGAUAAGAUCAGUUGCAGUGACUCAACAUGGGGAAAAGAAUUACAACUCAAUAAUUUCUAUUGUAAGCUAUAGUAGAUUUUCUUUGUGUACAUGCUGUUAUCAGCUAACCUGUGUGGAGCUGCUUCGAGGUUUAUUGCUGUUUGUGGAUUUGCACAACUGAAUUCAACAACAUGUAACCCAAGUUUUCAUGAGUUAUCUUGGCUUUCCGUCCCUUACACAUACAGAAUACUGUUUAUAUUGUCUUUACUGAGUGAGUUUAAGCAUUGUCAGCUUAAAUGCAAAUUCAUCUCUGCUACACUUGCUGUAACCUAACACUGACCAUGAACACCACAGCCAGUGUUCCCCUGUGAAAAACAGUGUUUCAUCACAGUACAACAAGCUAACCUGUUUAUCCUGCAUUAAACUGCCAAGUAUUUCAAUAACACAAAAUUAGUAUACUUAGUUUGUUUUGCAGGACAUUUCACAAUAUGAAAAACAUAACUUCAUAUCAUAUACAGGUACAAUUUAAAUUAAAAUGAGGACAUGCGUUUGCUUUAAAUUCCCAGCUUAUCAAAUGUCACUGAGUAGUCCUCUUCUUUAAAUAAAUAAAUCCUGUUUAAAUCCUG